CAUGUGUUGCCCAUUUUACUUUAGUAAGCCAAGUUAAAAGCAACUGCUUAACUUCUCUCUCUUUCCUCCCAACUACAACAACAACAUCAAAAUCAGUUCAACCAGAUCAUGCCCUUCCACAAUUUAGUUCUGAAACCAGAAAAUAGCAGUAGCGACUCCGUUGAAGGUCUUCCCAAUAUGUCUAAUCCCAAUAACAUGUCAGAGCCCCAUAACACGGCUGUCCUCGCGUACCCGGCUAAACAGUCAUUUUUACAACUGACCAUAUACCCCAUAACUUUGAAGUUUGAAGAGGUUGUUUACAAAGUUAAAUUGGAAGAGAAAGGAUUAUGCUGUGGUGGAACAUUGAGCUCGACGGAGAAGAUGAUACUAAAUGGGGUGACGGGUACGGUUUGUCCAGGAGAGAUACUGGCGAUGCUUGGCCCAUCGGGCAGUGGAAAAACCACCCUCCUUACAGCCCUAGGAGGCCGACUCAGUGGUAAACUGUCGGGGAAGAUCACGUACAAUGGUCUACCUUUUUCUGGUUCCAUCAAACGGCGAACAGGAUUUGUUGCACAAUAUGAUGUUUUAUACCCUCAUCUCACAGUAACUGAAACCCUCCUAUUCACUGCACUGCUAAGGCUACCCAACAGCUUGACCCGAGAUGAGAAAGUUGAGCAUGUGGAGCGAGUGAUCACCGAGUUAGGACUAUCUCGGUGCCGGAACAGUAUGAUAGGGGGGCCACUGUUCAGAGGGAUAUCAGGUGGGGAGAAGAAGAGGGUGAGCAUAGGUCAAGAAAUGCUAAUCAACCCGAGCUUACUGUUGCUAGAUGAGCCCACCUCAGGUUUGGACUCAACCACGGCUCAGCGGAUCAUUAGCACUGUCAAACGGCUUGCCAGUGGUGGUAAAACUGUGAUCACCACUAUUCACCAGCCCUCUAGCCGACUCUACCAUAUGUUUGAUAAGAUAGUCUUGCUCUCUGAGGGUUGCCCUAUCUAUUAUGGUCCUGCAUCAACUGCUUUGGAAUACUUUUCCUCCAUUGGUUUUUCUACAUCCAUCACUGUCAAUCCGGCUGAUCUUCUACUUGAUCUUGCUAACGGAAUUGGACCAGAUUCCAAGCAUGUAAGCGAGCAAGGUGAUAACACAGAACAAGAGCAGAAGUCAGUGAAGGAAGCCCUAAUAUCUGCUUAUGACAAGAACAUCUCUACGAAAUUGAAAACUGAGCUAUGCAGUUUGGAUGUCAAUAAUUACCUUUACACAAAAGAUGCUUCAACAAGAAGGGAUUCGAAAUCAGAGCAAUGGAGCACGAGCUGGUGGCAUCAGUUUAAGGUGUUGUUUCUGAGAGGCCUGAGGGAACGGAGGUAUGAGGCCUUCAACAAACUAAGAAUCUUCCAAGUCAUUAGUGUUGCUAUACUUGGUGGACUCCUAUGGUGGCGCACCCCGACAUCCCACAUUGAAGACCGUAUUGCCAUGCUUUUCUUCUUCUCUGUGUUCUGGGGCUUCUACCCACUCUACAACGCUGUUUUCACUUUCCCCCAGGAGAGAACUAUGUUAAUAAAGGAGCGAUCAUCAGGAAUGUACCAUCUCUCCUCCUACUUUUUAGCAAAAACUGUUGGAGACCUUCCGCUGGAGCUUGCACUCCCAACUGCUUUCACCAUCAUAAUCUAUUGGAUGGGCGGACUCAAGCCUGAUCCCACCACAUUUAUCCUUUCCCUCCUUGUCGUUCUCUACAAUGUCCUUGUCUCCCAAAGUCUUGGCUUAGCCAUUGGUGCGAUUCUCAUGGAUGUAAAACAAGCCACUACUUUAGCCUCGGUUACAACUCUCGUCUUCCUCAUUGCCGGAGGGUAUUAUAUUCAACAAAUCCCUCCCUUCAUAGUCUGGUUGAAGUACUUGAGCUAUAGCUACUACUGCUACAAGCUUCUUCUUGGGGUUCAGUACAAUGAGGAUGAUUAUUACGAGUGCUCAAAAGGAGUCAUUUGUCGAGUUGUAGAUUUUCCUGCUGUCAAGUCAGUGGGUUUGAACCAUAUGUGGGUUGAUGUGUCUAUUAUGGCCCUGAUGCUAGUGGGUUACCGGCUUGUUGCUUAUCUAGCACUGCAUCGGGUGCGCUGAAGUAACUUCAACAGAGGCGGCAUUUUGUCAAACAAUGCAGUUUGAAGAGUUUUCAAUUUCUUCAACUGAAGAAUAAUAUUAGGUUUAGAUGAAAGCCGUGUCUCUAGAUUAUAAUAAUUUCUCCCUAAGAGUUGGAUGUACAACCCUUUUGGUAAUAGUUUAGAUAACACUAACUUGGAAUUU